AUUAAGAGGGCCAAGGAACGUAACUGUUGGCACUCCCAACCCAGAAAAGACUAAAUUCGCUAAAUAGAUCGAAUCCGCAUUUCAUCUGAAUUAAAAAGCGUUGCUUCACAGAUGUUGGAGCUCGGUCAGUCUGAACGGCGUUGAAACCUAUGAUGCUGGCCCCUGAUUUGGAGUCACGUGUACCGGAUUUAAAAUCAUCCUGGUCCGUUCAAAAGAAGACGCCUUAACCCCUCUUGGCUAGUGUGGCUGUGGGGUGCAGGGAUUAUAGCCGCGAGUUGCACUAGUCCAUUCAUUCAUUGUGGAUAGAUCCAGAACUGCGGCGGUCGUUGAGUGAUUCCAAAAAGACGAACUGUUGGCUUAAGGUUGCAAAUGUUGCUCUGCAACUUCGCCUCCCAGCAACUUGGUUUUAUACAACCAAACUCACUAGUUGCACCACACCACGGAUUUUAGUCUUCGUUCUUUUGUUCUUCGAGAUGGUCGGGAAGGUCAGCGAGCGCGUCCUCCUUCGGGAAGGACUCGAGCGAACCGAUAAUGGCAUGAAACAGACAAAUUGGCCCGAUGUCGCUCCCAUUAAUCAGAAGAACUACUAUACUGAUUAUAUGAAGCGCGAUGAUCAGAUCUUAUCUCUGCGACUGCAAGGAGAGGCGAAUCGUGACCGGCUUGUUCAGACAGCAAAAGACCGCGACCGAGCACUCAACACCACCAAUGGGGAGGUCCCCCUUCCUAUUGUGGAAGACCAGGUAGAAGAUGGCGCUGCCCCUUCAACCUUCGCCGAUCCAUCCAAAAUAAUAGUAAUACAUCCGGGGAGCCAGAACUUGCGGAUUGGGUUUGCGAGUGAUGCGCUUCCUAAGACGAUACCCAUGGCACUGGCCACCAAGUUUUCCCAGACCGAAGCCGAGAUGUAUGAAGCAUUACCGAGGCGGCAGUUCGAAGCCAAGACUGUUGAUCAGGAAUAUGGCGAGGAGUGGUCAAAAAAGUACCAGAAGAUGUGCAACGAGCUGAAGAUCGACAUGCGCGCCAAUAAGCGGAAAGUCCUCCCCAAUUCCAAAGAGUUGGUCGUCAACUACAACCGCCGUACCGAGCCCGAGGUCAUUCCUCAGCACAAUGAUCCGCUCCAGAUUGAGUGGACGGACAUCGAGACUCUAGAGGAUCCGGAUUCUGCGGCGUCUUGCUUCAUUGGCCAGCAGGCACAGCGCGUCCCCGACGACUCGGACCCAAAAUUCAAGCUCUGGUGGCCGAUACAACAAGGUUGGCUGAACGAGGACGACUACGCCACGACAGAACAUCUCUAUGACGAUUUCGAGACGCUUCUGGACAAGGCCAUUCGCCAAGAGCUUGGCCUGACCCGCAACAGCCAGUGGAAGCAAUACAGUUGCGUCUUUGUCAUCCCUGACCUGUACGACAAGAAAUAUGUUGAACAGGUGCUGAAGUCCUGCAUGACCUGGUUUGAGUUCAAUAGGAUAUGCUUCAUCCAGGAGAGCAUGGCUGCGACAUUCGGUGCUGGUUACACGCAAGCCUGCGUCGUCGACGUCGGUGCCCAGAAGACGUCGAUUACGUGCGUAGAGGACGGCCUCUGCGUGGAGGAUUCGCGCAUCAACCUGAAGUAUGGCGGCUACGACGUGACGGAAGCCUUCAUGAAGAUGAUGCUAUACGACAACUUUCCUUACCAAGACAUCAACCUGCGGCGCCGAUAUGAUUUCCUCCUGGCCGAGGAGCUGAAAGCUAAGCACUGCACUCUCUCGCAGGCGGAUAUCUCUGUCCAGCUGUACCAAUUCCACCUACGAGCGCCGAAUCAGCCCACCCGCAAGUAUCAGUUCAAGACCUACGAUGAAGUCAUACUUGCGCCUAUGGGCUUUUAUGACCCGGCGAUUUUCGACAACAGCACCAAGUUGCGGGGACGGCGGAAGCUGAUCGACCGCUCAUACAACGCCUACGAUGUCGAUGUCCCGGAUGAUCCCACCUCCUCAGCUCAGACUGGCAUAUUGGCGCUCAUCCAACCCUCGGUUGGGUCGAUCGCGUCUAGCGGUCCUCCUCCCAAUGAAGUCUCGACACCGAGCAAGGAGAGACCGCAGCCGUUUAACAUGCUGUCUCGCGGUGACAUCAACGGCACGCCGACGACAUCGAACGCCGCGUCUCCGGCGCCCGAGGGUGCCAACACGCCUGUUCCGGCCCCCUAUCUUUUCGGUGGGAAGGACAUGACGAACGGCGGGAGUCCGGCCCCGAGUGGGCGAAACGGCGGGACUCCAGCACCCCCCAACGGUCCCGUAGCCAAUGGCGGCGGUCCCAACGGGCAGCCGUCCUCACAGCCGCCGCCGCCGGGCAUGUUCGUCGAUAGCUACCAGCGCUCGGCGAAGUCGAUCGCCAUCGAGCGCGACGCGGUGCUGCCCGUGGCGCCGCUGGACAUUGCCAUCCUGACGAGCAUCCAGAACGCGGCCAAGGGCGAGGAGAAGAAGGUGCGGGACCUGCUGGGGAGCAUCAUGGUGAUCGGUGGAGGGGCCAAGCUGCGGCACUUCGCCCCCUUCCUCGAGGAGAAGCUCAAGGCGCGCCGCCCCGACCUGUUCGACCGCAUCCUCGUCAGUCGCAGCGCCCGCGACAUGGACGAGCAGGUGGUGGUGUGGAAGGGCGCGAGCGUGUUCGCCAAGCUGCCCACCAACGACUCGUGGAUCACGGGCCACGAGUUCGAGAGGCUCGGCUCGCGGGCCAUCUACCACAAGGCUUUGUGGCAGUAUUGAGCCCAUCGAACCGGGGUUGCUUUGGGGGACAUCGGUAGGAUAGGGUCGGUUUGGAGUUGGGGGUGGAUUAUGCCAUGUCUUGGGGGGAGGGGUGGUUCAAUGCUUCCGUUGGCGUUCAGAUGGGAACACAUAAAUCGAUCAGUAUCAGAACUUUAUGCAUGUUAGAUUUAAUUUAUGGGAUACGAAAAGGGGGUUAUCAAGUUUUCCUACAACGUCCGGGUCUGUAACUUCAAUAAGACAAAGUAAAAAAAAGAUCGGCCUUCCCCCCCCGCCAUCAGUUCACAACGCAGCCGUCCGUCAAACCAAGCAGGCGGCCCGCGCAGCGAGGUACCUGGCCGGGAAUCUCGACGACCCGCCCGACAUCCCAGCCCGGCACGUCGGCGAAGUACCCGCGCUGGUUCGCGUAGACCCUCUUCCCGGUCCGCCAAUCCCGAAAGUCGCAGUUGAAGUGCGUGUGGCCGAAGGCCCACAG